UUUUGAGCGCUCUGGGUCGCGUUCUAGCUCGCCUCGAGUCGCCCCUCCCAUUCUCGUUAAAACUCUCCGUUCCAUUCGCCAAUAAAGCGCUUUUGUCUUGGGGUCGGGAAGCUUACGGGCUCUCGCCGGACACUUGAAGCGCAUUCCUCGACGUGGAGCUUUCAACCACUCGCUAGACACCGGUGGCUGAAGAGUUUUCAUGUAUUUUAAUAACUUUAUGCUGUUGCACAGUUUCGGGGACUUUUGACAGAGUGCACCACGGACGACUAAAGGAUUUCCAGCUGUUUACUUGUUCUACGUGGGUCCUCUUGGAUAAAAAUAUUAUGUAGCACACAUUUCUGAGUGCGCCGCAACUCAAACUUUACGCAGGGAACAGAACCGAUAGAGGGGACACCACCACCACCCCAGUCAAAGUGAAGUGAAACAGGAGGAGGCAUCUUGUUGAGUGGGCUGAGAGAGGAGACAGAGUGACUUCAGUGGCACCAUGAAGGCCUUCUUCCUCCCUCCGCUGACGCCCUUCCUCCUUCUCCUCUUGCUCCGGCUCCCUGGCAGGACUCUGGCCAGCGACUGUCCCCAGGACUGCACCUGCUCCACCCCAGAAUCCAUCUUCUGUUUCCAGCGCCGCUCUGCCACCAUACCCCAAGGCGUCCCGGAACCCACCAAGAACCUCUACCUCUUCGCCAACGGCAUCGAGACCCUGGCGGAGGAAGACUUUGUGGGCAUGGAGAGCCUGGAGAUGCUGGAUCUGAGUCAGAACAAAGUCACGGUACUGCCUGACCGGGUGUUUGAGCCUCUGACUUCCCUGAGGAACUUGGACCUCUCAGCCAACCAGAUCACCCAUCUGUCAGAGGAGAGCUUUGCGGGCAUGUCCCUACUGGAGAGGCUGUACCUCUACAGCAACCACAUCCGGACUAUACACCCUGCCGCCUUCCACGGCCUGGAGCAGCUGCUGGAGCUCAAGCUGCAGGGAAACCAGCUCACCUCGCUCCCCGCCCUAGCCAUGCCCAGACUGCUGCUGCUGGACCUCCGCUUCAACACCCUCCCAUCCCUGGGGUCAGCCGACCUCCAGAUGCCCAACCUGGAGUCUCUGAAGCUGGCCGGCCUGGGCCUCGAAAGCCUGAACGAGGACCUGAUGGCCAGCCUGGGGAACCUCCACGAACUGGAUAUCUCUGGCAACGAGCUGGGCUCCUUCCCCCUGGCGCUGAGGGAGACCCAGGGCCUGAUCUACCUGAGCCUGGCCGGGAACCCCAUGGGCCCACUGAAGCUGGAGGACCUGAAGAACCUGAGCGAGCUCCAGGAGUUGGACAUCAGCAACCUGAGUCUGCAGGGCUUGCCUGACGGGUUCGCACAGCUUUUCCCUCACCUGACUAAGCUGACAGUGGCCGAGAACCCUUUCAACUGCCUGUGCACCCUGGCCUGGUUUCCUGGGUGGCUCAGGAACCAGGGGGUGACUCUGGGCAGGACGGAGGAGACCCGCUGCCACUUCCCUCCCCUCAACGCUGGGAAGGUGCUGGAGAGGUUGGAGCACAGGGAGUUUGGCUGCCCCACCACCACUACUGUCACCGCUAGCACAGUCAGAACCAGCACCACCAUGCCCCCCCCAGUCACCACCCUGCCUAGCACCUCCCCAGCCAUCCCUGCACCCGGGCCCAGUGAGGAGGACAACUCAACUGGGACAGACAGCCAGCCCCCGCUCCCUGACCCUGCCUCUCCCAGCAGCAGCAGCCAAGACCCAGAGGUGGACUUCUUAUGCCCCUCCCAGACCUGCUUGAAUGGGGGCACCUGUCGGCUGGACGGGCAAGGCCAUCUGGAGUGCACCUGCCCUCGUGGCUUCUACGGCACCUAUUGCGAGAACCGCCACCACUCCCACCCCCCUCCGGAUCAGGACCACAAUGACAACAACAUUUCCGCGGCAACUGUCACCGCCGAUGCCCCCGACAUCAGCUCGCGCCUGGUGACCAGCUCCUCCAUCCUGCUGGACCUGCACCGCUACAUCAAGGUCCGGCCCUACAUCCGCGGCAUCCGUCUAACAUACCGCAACCUGUCGGGGCCCGACCGGCGUCCCAUGCAGCUCAGCGUGCCCGCUUCCUACCCGGAGUACACCCUGAGGGGGCUGCGGCCCAACUCCACCUACACAGUGUGCGCCAGCCCGCUGGGCGACCUCAGCGGUGGGGACAGCGUCUGCACGGUGGCCCACACAGCGGCCCAGCAGCACACUGCCACAGGGAGGCAGGUGGAGGACAAGAGGCUGACCACCAUGCUGGUGCCGGCUCUGGCCAUACUGCUGCUCCUAGUCCUGAUUGCAGCCGCCGUGGGGAUGGUGUGCUACAUAAGGAGGAAACGGGCCAAGGGCCACCUGGAUCUGGAGUGUGAGCCAGCCCAGCUGGAGCUGGAGGGAGUCAAGGCUGGUUCCAACGUUGGAGGGGUGAUGCCCCAAAAGCAGCCGGAGCCGGCUGUGGUUCAAAAUGGCGGCCUGGAGUACGAGGUGCUGCUAAUACAGGAUCAUUGCUCGCCGAACAACAACAUGGCUCUCUCUCAUAAGCCCUCUUAUUUCUGACGCCCAUCUCUGUUGCUACUCAGACCCAGAGGGUCAGACUAAAUACCUCUAGCUACUCCUUACCUCAAGGACUAGACACCAGCUAGAGUUGUUGGUGACAGUGGAGGAGAAAGAGAGGACCGGCUAGCCAUGUGUCAGCAAUUGAGAAACAGAACAAAUAUUAAACUGUGCAGACAUUAAAAUAUGUUUGAAAGGAUUAUUUGAAAAUAAGGGAGCCUUUUAAAGUGCCUUUAUUCUUAUUUCCACACCUCCUGCUUUGUUUCUACAUUCACAUUGCUGGACUGGCGCCCCGCGGCUCGCUACUGAGUGUGCCCACUCUCCACAGCAGGUCAAAGGUCAAGCGAGACUGGGCCAGGCAGAGAGACAUCAGGGUAGUGACCUAAUCCCUGCUGUGUCUACUCUAAAAUGGGGUCUGCACUGAAAUGGGGGUGUAUUGCUGUGCACCCCUUGUGAUACCUGAACUAUGUAAUAAGAGUAUAAGCAAUUAUUUUGCGCCGUAGCACCUCAGCACUACCCCAGUGGCACUUGCUGUGAAUGACAUCCGAGUCACCAAAUGAAGAGAACUUUUGUCAGUAAUUGAAAAGCAAGGUGCCUGACAUUUAUCAUGCUUUGUUUCGGCUCUAUUGCUUAGUGAAAUUGUCAUUUUUUUGUUGUGUUUGUAAAUGUUUUUAUACUCUUGCUGUUGUUGUUCUGUAAGUAUGUGACUGUUACCACCCUUCAUCCCCCCUUAACUGCUUGUGAUUUAACAGACAGAUUAAACCCCAGAUUCAAAUCUUUGAAGAUUAAAACUCGUUUGUACCAGCGAAGUCAAUCAAAGGCUUUACCCUACGAAUGUCAGACAGUCUGAGCAGCUGUAAGUCUCGUACUAAAUCCCCUCUCCAUUCUCUGGCCCUCAACCCCGCCCCCCACACAAAAAGCACCGAUAAACAGUUUCAGUUGGCUGAAACCUUAACAUUUGUUUCUGUGCUGCAGCGAACUUCAAGCAUCCCCUGAGCCUGCCUCAGAUCAACCACACACACAUGAUUACCACAGAGAGGAGAAGGGGGAAAAAUAAACAGUUAAUUUCUAAA